UUCCAUGUGAAUCAGGGCAGUGUUUGAUGUGGUUCUGCUCCAUUUUGCGCACUCUUCUGAGCUGAAUGCUCAGAGAUGUUUUUCCUUCCUCUCUUGCUCAUGAAUUCUGGAAGUUGCUUGCAUGACCUGCUGAUCUUUACUUUCCUUUUUAUAGGCCAUUGUGUGGGAUGAGUAUCUUACAGGGCCAUUUGGACUGAUAGCACAAUAUUCACUUCUAAAGGAACAUGAGGUGGAAAAAAUGUUCACCCUCAAAGCAGGCUGCAUCCUGCCUGCUGAUGUCAAAAAUAUUAUUUUCUUUGUCCGACCAAGACUGGAGCUCAUGGAUAUAAUUGCUGAAAAUGUGCUCAGGGAAGAGAGAAUCCGUUGUCCACAGAGGGAUUUCCAUAUCCUGUUUGUGCCGCGGCGCAGCUUGUUGUGUGAACAGCGGCUGAAUGAUCAGGGAGUCCUGGGCUCCUUCAUUCUCAGAGAGGAGUACAACCUGGAUCUGAUUCCAUUUGAUGGAGAUCUGUUAUCCAUGGAGUCUGAAACUGCCUUCAAAGAGUGCUACUUGGAAAAUGACCAGACCAGCCUUUACCAUGCCGCAAAGGGACUCAUGACGCUCCAGGCGCUUUAUGGAACAAUCCCGCAGAUCUUUGGGAAGGGAGAAUGUGCACGGCAUGUGGCUAAUAUGAUGAUCAGGAUGAAGAGAGAGUUCUCCGGGAGUCAGAACGCAAUAUUUCCUGUCUUUGAUACUCUCUUGCUACUUGACCGCAACGUAGAUUUGAUAUCGCCUCUGGCCACACAGCUGACGUACGAGGGACUGAUUGAUGAAAUAUAUGGAAUUCAGAAUACUUACGUGAAACUCCCCCCAGAAAAGUUUGCUCCCAAGAAGCAGGGGGAGGGCGGCAAGGACCUCCCCACGGAGCCAAAGAAGCUGCAGCUGAAUUCCGCGGAGGAGCUGUACGCCGAGAUCCGAGACAAGAAUUUCAACGCCGUGGGAUCCGUACUGAGCAAGAGAGCCAAAAUAAUAUCAGCAGCGUUUGAGGAAAGGCACCAUGCCAAAACAGUUGGCGAGAUCAAACAGUUUGUGUCCCAGCUACCGCACAUGCAGGCCGCAAGAGGGUCCUUAGCCAAUCACACCUCCAUCGCAGAACUCAUCAAAGAUAUCACUACAUCAGAAGACUUCUUUGAUAACUUAACUGUGGAACAGGAGUUCAUGUCAGGAAUAGACACCGAUAAGGUCAAUAAUUAUGUUGAAGACUGCAUUGCACAAAAGCAUCCCUUGAUCAAGAUCUUGCGGCUCGUUUGUCUGCAGUCCGUGUGCAACAGCGGACUGAAGCAGAAGGUCCUGGAUUAUUAUAAGAGAGAGAUUCUCCAGACUUACGGCUAUGAGCACAUACUGACUCUGAAUAACCUAGAAAAAGCUGGACUCUUGAAGGCUCAGUUAAGCAGCAGAAACAACUACCCCACAAUCCGGAAAACCCUGCGCUUGUGGAUGGACGAUGUGAACGAGCAGAAUCCCAAUGACAUCUCCUAUGUAUACAGCGGUUAUGCUCCCCUCAGUGUGCGCCUGGCACAGCUGCUUGCGCGGCCAGGGUGGCGAAGCAUAGAAGAAGUCCUGAAAAUGCUUCCAGGCCCUCACUUUGAAGAGAGGCAGCAGCUCCCAACCGGGCUUCAGAAAAAGCGUCAGCAUGGAGAAAACAGAGUCACUCUGGUAUUCUUCUUGGGUGGCGUGACCUAUGCUGAAAUUGCAGCUCUCCGGUUUCUGUCUCAAAUGGAAGAUGGAGGCACAGAAUAUGUCAUUGCAACAACGAAGCUAAUCAAUGGAACAAGUUGGAUUAAAUCUCUGAUGGAGAAGCUGGAACCACCGCCUUUUUAAAUUGAGAAUCUGCAACCAGAUGACGUGAAAGAGGCUUGCUAUGUGCUCGGGUCUUCAUAAGAGCAGAGAAGAAAAGCCACUGGAUCCAGUGCAUGAAAUACCGUCUUUUUGUCUCUCCGGUCUUCCUCCUAUGAUCAUUCAGACCUUGGCAAUGAGCUGAUGCCUCAGAAAGAGAGAAAAAUAUCAACAAGCAAAGGAGGACUGCUCCCGAGUUAGCUUCUGAAAUAAGGAGGAAGCUGUUUUUGGCUGGAAUUUAGAGCAUACCCUUUAGCACAAUUCCCAGACUUUUUAUUUUUAUUUAUUGCAGCAUAUAAACAUCCCUUUGGAGUGAACAUAUUCCACAAUCCAGCACAUUUCUCAAGAGGUUUUCCUGGCAGCUUCCCCUUCCCUUUCUGUUGUCACUUUAUUUUUAGUUCUGACUCCUCAUGCCAUUCCUAAACAUUCUCCCCAAGCUGUGUUGUCAUGUUUGUAGACCCACACACAAUAAUUCUGAAGCCUGCUUGUAAAGCUCCAAGUCCCACCAAAGUCAAGUUCCAUGGGCUUAAAUAUAAUUGCAAGUUUACAGAUGACAGCAGCAGCAUCACCUGCACCAUUUCUAUUAUACAGAUUCUCUCUGGUCUUUCUUUUCUUAUUCUUUCUUAUUUUUUUCUGUUUUCUGUGCUACUACCAGAGAAAUCUCCUUUUGCUGUACAUUGUAAAAAUACCUGCAUCUCUUGGUACAUACUGAUGUUUCUUGAAAAGCUUCCAAGACCUUAUAUUGAUCAAACUUGUAAAAUUAAGGUGAUAGUAGGAUGGGGCAUGGGAGAAGAAUGUGGAACAUUUUGGAGCAUUCGUUUUAACAUUUAUUUCUCAAGUCAGAUGACACCGAUCGGGUUAAAAGUGGAGAGUGCUGGGGGUUUUCUGCACAUGCAAAUUCAUAUUUAGGAUAAGGAUGCAGUGCCAACCAUUCUCAGCGUGUGUGUUGCACAGUUUAAGUAUUUAUUAUUUUGAACUUAGUCAGAAACUCAUGCAAAGAAAACACUAUUUUCUCCUGCAUAGAUACAGCAUUUAAUUUCUGCAUAUUGCUAUUGCAGAAGGUGGUUUAAGGCAACCUGUUACGUUGAGUUGAAGACACAGGAGAUAACAGAAUUUGUGUGUGGUUUUUAUGUACCAUGGGGUGGGGAAGGUUUUUGCCUCUGAAAAUUGACUUUCUCUCCUUGCUGAUGCGUUGUGUUCUGCUGAACACCACUCUUGUAGUUUUGUUUGCCCAUCACUAUUACGUUGUGUUGUAUUUCAAGUUCUGUCUUGUUGUCUUGACUAUUCCAAAGGGACCUUUCUCAAGGAGCGAAGCUUCCAUUGUGGCACCGUUCAUCAGCUGUGUAUGAAUUAAAAUAUUCCCUUCAGCUUUAAACUACCUUAAACCUGAAAUUACAUCAAUAUUUUGUGUUUUGACUUCACUAGAGCAAGGACUUCCUCCUAAAGAAUAUGUAACAAUGUACAAAUAGGAAAAUAUCUACCCAAAUUUAUAAUACGAGCAAAAAUAAAAGAAACCAAAUUCA